AUGGGUGUGCAAGAGAUUGAUCUCUGCUAUGAGGACUUGGUCAGGAAUAUGGCACAUAUUUUCAAAUUUUCUGAAGAGCUGGUGUCUGGUUUGUCUCAAGCAGAAUUUUUGACAGCUUAUGGUGAAUUUUUUCAGUGGACAGCUAACAGUGAUUUGUUUAUAGACUGCUUUGAGCUGUUAUCUCACAAAAGUGGAGCCUAUGAUAUUCUAGCUCUACUACUUAUGUCAGGAGGUUUAGAGAGAGCUCUUGGAAAUUUAUAUUUGAUGAAAGGCAGCCAGUGUCCAGCUUUACUUAAAGACUUGUUGGUAACAAAAGAACUACAAGAUAUUCUUGGACUCCCUAUUAUUGUUGUACUCCAUGUUUUACUUGGACCACCAGUGUCAAUGAACCUUAGAAAUAUAGCAUGGCAUGGAUUCCUUUCUGAUAAUGAGCUGCCCAGAAGGUACAUCUAUUUUUUACUGCUGCUCUCUGCCAGUGUUGGGAAGAUGCUGAAAGAGGGAGGGAUGACCAGAAUAUGUGCAAGAGAAUAUGUCACACUUUCAAAAAGUGAUCACAUGCUGAAGCACAUGCCAGAAAUGACUGAAGAUCAUGUAUCAACCUGUGAGCAGCUGGUGUUGGGUAGUUGGCUUGUAGCAGACACAAACAGAAACCUGUUCAAAUCCAGCUUCAGCCUAUACAGACAAGCAAAGUUUGGCUGGUGCGCUGUUCAGCUGUUUCCAUUACUGGAACAUACGUUACGUCGCCUGUUCGUUGUUAUUAACAACUGUCCAGAACGGCUCAUUACGGCAGAGGCAACUACCUUGUAUACAACUUUUGAGGAGAUUCUUGAGCCCAACUUGCCAGAUGGCCUGGAGAAUAAACUUGUUCCUUUUGUUGGUGAAGCUUUAAUGAAUCUGUUGCUGGAUCUGCUUGUCUACCCCAGUGGUCCUAGGGCCCGGGACAAACUAGGACAUGGCGAGGUGGACUACAAUACGGUCCCAGAGAGCCUUCCUCUGGUUCUUAUAUACAUCUUCAGUGAACUCGCUGCUCUGAUUACUGCUGAUAAAAGUUCAGAGGUCAAAGGCUACACAUCACUGUAUCAUCCUGUUGCUCAGCUCAAACAAAAGAUAAGAGACCUAUCAAGCUUAGCAGGUCAGAUGUCAAAGGUUUUGUGUGUGUUGCCAGAUUUACAACCACGUGAAGACAAAGAUGUACUUGAAGCUUUCACCAAAAACAACCCAAAGUUUCAGGACAUCCAGAGAACAUGUUGCCAGUUUGUCCAACAGAUUAAAGCUGGCCCUGAAUUGGAUCCCCUGUUGCUUAAGCCGCCUGGACUGAUUCCUUCACUGCUGAAGGAAAAAAGGGCAGAGAUAGCCACUGAGAGGAGAAAGAAAACAUCUGCACAAAUGAAGAACACAAAUGUUCAGGCAGUGAGCGAGUGCGAGGUGGUCAACCUAAUGACCAGAAUCUUGAGCGAGACGGAAGUCUGCAUCCGCCAGAUCACGUCUGCUCUCCAGCUCAGGCAAGGUCAGCUCCUGAAGAAAGAGCUGAGGUCAAGGCAGAGAGACAACCUUAAGAGGCUGCUGUCUGUCCUGCCUUAUGCCAGUGUUUUUGUCAACUCCAUCAUUACUUUAUCCACCUGGAUAUUUUCACACCUGGAUAAUUACUGCACAUUGGAUCAAUCCGCCUGCAAGUCUAUACAAAAAUUCCUAAAAAGCACGCUCCAAGCUUGUGAGAACUUGCGGAGUUAUUCCAGUGUGGAUGUAAACAAGUGGACCCAGGCGGAGGAGCUGAUUUUAACGCAGCUUAAGGCGGCAGUGGAUUGGACUGGGAGAUUUUAUUUCCCCUGA